AUGUACUUUUUAUUUAAUUUAGUUGAUAUUAUUUUAAAUAUUAUGAGUAAAUUCCAUAAGAAUGAUAUUUUUUCGGAUUUUUUCCCUAAAGAAAAGUCAAUUAUUGUCCUUCGAAAGCAGAAAUCAAAAAUUCAGUUUAAUUCAGACCCCUUAAUUCAACCAUUAGAAGAAAAAUCUUUAGAAUUACUUUCGCGAAAACUUAUUUAUGAUUGCCCGGAUGGAAUGGAUGAUACAUCGAUAAACGAGAUUGAUUCAAUGAAACCUAGUCAUGUUUUUGUUUCUUUAGAUCUUUUUAACCAAAUAAUAAGAAAUAUGAAAUUUUCUUUUAAUAAAAAACAGAUUCAAAAAUAUGCAAAACUUAAUGGACUUAAGAAUCUUUCUCGCUGCAAUCGUGAUCAGCUAAUAGAGGCAAUUCUUAAGGAAAUAUGGGGAUUAAAAAUUUCAGAUAAUAUUUGUUCUGAUAUUCUUAUGGUUAAAGAAAUCUAUGUUAAUAAAAGAGAUUUAUUUUUUAUGACUAGAUCAAAUAAAUAUGUUUUGCAACAAUGGGCACGUAACUAUCAAGCUAAGAUAUAUAUUGAUUUUGAUAAAUUAUUUCUUCGAGUUGAAGCUUUAAAAUCUAAUAUUGAAAGAAUUAAAGAAAGAAUAGCUCAGAUGGCUAAGGAUAUAAAAAUAGAAGAUAUAGAUAUUAAAUGUUUUUCUAUGCCUGAAUAUUUUAAUGAUAGACAUAUUUCUGAAAUAUCUUUUUUAUCUGGUGCAUUUAUUGAAAAAAUUGAUAUAAAUAGGAUUAGGAUUACUACAUUAAGAAAUGAGUUAGAGCCUUUAGAUAAUGCGAAGAUAUUGAUAUGUAUGUCUCUAAUUUCUAAUGAUUGUAAAAAUUAUUCCCUUAUUUAUAAUAAUUCACCGAAUAAUAAUUCGUUUUAUUAUUUUGGAGAAAAAUUCAGUUUACCUUGGUUUUUAAGGAGACAAAAAUGGGCUAGAUGGAAAACUAUAAUUUAUAGAAAUGAAAAUAAAUUUUUUUCUAAAGAUGAAAAUGUGAAAAAAUUGUUAGAAAAUGAGUAUUAUAUCAUGAUAGAAAAUGGUUUUUUGAAAUUAAAUUCUAAUGUUAUUUUAAUGCUUUAUGAUAUUCGCAAAUUUCUUGAUAUUCAUAUGGUUUAUUCAAAUAAUUUUUCUAAAGUAAAAGUACAAUAUGAUAUUAUUUUUGGAUAUGUUUUGCAUGAUUAUUCUUUGGAAAAUAUAUAUAAACAGUUUUCCAUUUUUCAAUUAAGGCAAUAUUUUGAAAAAAAUGUAAAGAAUGAUGAAAUUCGAAGAAUAUUUUGCUCUAAUAUAUCCCGUGCAUCUUCAUUUAUUCAUAAACUGAAAUCUGGCUAUAAGGAUGAGUUUUUAGAUAAAUUUUAUAAAAAAAUUUUAAGAUUAAAAUUUGUACCAUCGCCAUGGGUUCAUUCUAAUUUAGAUAAUUCUUAUAUUGAAAUUGAUUUGGAAUUGGAUAACAAAGGCAAUAUUUGUAAUACUAUGGUAAAAUAUAUAUCUUGCGAAAGUAUUUUGGAUGUUCUUCUUCCUGAAUGUGGAAGUGAUUUACGUAUUUCUCGAAAAACGUUUUCUUUUUUGGAUCCGAAUAAUAAAUUGUUGAUGGCGUAUUUAAAUAUGAUCCAAAUUGGUAUAACAAGUAAUAAACUAAGAAUAUCUUCUACUUUAUCUGUUGAAAUUCCAUCCGAAUCUGAAGAUGUUUCUAAAGCAAAGGAGUAUAUUCUUAUAAGAAUGGAAUAUAUAAAUCAAUUUGAUUUUAAAUUUAAUAAAUUUUUACUUCGUUUUUUGAUUAUAGAGGAAAAUAUGAAGACUAGAAGAGCUGAAUUAAAAUUACUUUCUUCAGAAUUCAAUAUUAUGAAUUCAACUAUAACGAAGUUAAAUGACCAAGAUUGGAAAGAUUUUAUAAAUGAUGCACUUAUAAUUUUAAAUGAAUUAUCGUAA